AUGGCUUCAAAAUCUUCAGCAUUUCUUAUCGAAACUGGCUUAAUUAAAGCCUUUUAAGCUCGCUACAUUUCCUCAUCAGAUGUAGGUUUUUAUCUUAAAAUGGCUGUCAACUUUACUGCUUUUUAAAACUUUUCGAUUGUAGGUUCCAAUUAUUCUUCCUCUGAUGCCAUUUAAUAAUAAAAUAUUAUAUUAUGCAAAUCCUAUUAAAUUAGAAGAUGUUUAAAGUUUAAAAUCAGUUAGAAUCAAAACACUACCAAGACUAGAGCAUAUAAAGUAUUAUAUGAAAUAUUUAUAAUAAAAAAAUAAAUAAGUCGUUAGUUUGGAAUGUUAUUGAAAGAACAAUACGAUUAUAGACUAAAAACAAUAGAAGACAAAUUAGAACAUUAAGAACAAUUUUUGAAUAAAAAGAUAAAUCAUUUAGAAGAUAGAAUUCGAUCUAUCAAUAUUAUAUAUGACAGAAUUGAUGAAUUAGCAGAACGCAUAAAUCUUUUACAUACUCUCUUUGACAAAUUAAAAGAAAAUUUUGAUGCUAAAUUAAUGUCUUAAGAUGAUAAAAUAACAAAUCUGAAUUCAAAGAUAAAUAGGUUAAAAAACGAGGACAUUUAAUAUUUAUAUAAUCUAAUUAAAAAAGCAUCAGCUACAUCAAAAGAAUUAUCAUCAGAAGUUUAGAAUGCUAAAAAUAAAGAUAUAGGAUAAUCAGAAGUGCUUUUCAAAUAGGAAUUGAAACAAUCUAAAAUUUUGGGAGAAAGAUUACAAUCACCAUUAUUCAUUUAGCGAAAUGAUAAUUAUUAAAAAACUGAUAGAAUAAGAUCAAUCACACUUGAGAAGGACAAAGGAUAAGAUCUGAAAGGAAAAUAAGAAAACAUACAGCAAGAAUAAAAUUUAAACAAUACAAAAUCCAUUAUGAAAACAGAAACAUAAAAAUUAAUAGAUAAAUAUUAAUUUACUUUACAAAACAAAGGAGAAAAUGAAAACAAUCAAAUAAAAAUAGAUUAAUAAAGACUUAGCUAUGCUAAAGCUGAAGGAGGACCUAAUAUAGAUUAAGUUAAAUUCCUAACAACUUAAUAAUAGUUUCUUUUAGAAAGAACUAUAUCUUAGGAUCAUAUACCAAAAUCCAAGUAUUUAAAUUCUACGAAUUAAAUUAAAGAAUAGUUAAAAAAUCUUAGGAAAUGA